AUGGCGGACUACGAGGUGACGGUCUUCACCGGCGACCGACUUAACGCCACCACCCUCAACCCCGUGCACAUUAAACUGGUGGGCACGGACGGCGAGAGCGAGCGCACGCGGCUGAGGUCUUUAGUCAUCUUCAGCGGAGCGGUCUCUACUUACAUCGUUUCUUGCCCAAAGUCCCUCGGCGAGCUGCUUCUGAUAGAACUGGACAAAAGCCAAUUCUUCUUUUUGCCCGACGACGCUUGGUUCCCUGACAAGGUAGAAAUCAAAUCACCCGAGAGAGACGUCUACACCUUUCCCAUCUAUUGCUGGAUCAAAGACAGCGAGACCCACCGCUUCAGAGAAGGCAAAGCUUUGAGGAUCUUCGACGAAAGGAACUCUCUUGGUCGGCAUGUGAGGAAGCAGGAGCUGAGCCAGCGAAGUGCAGACUACAGCUGGAAUUUGUAUUACUCGGGCUUGCCCUACACCAUUAAGGCAGAUGGUCCUCGAAGCCUGCCGAACGAGCUCCAGUUCUCCUUCACCAAGAAGAUGGAGUUAGCAUACACAAAACUCACAGGGUUGGCUGAGCUUCAGCUAAAGGGGCUGGAUGACAACUCUGAAAAUUGGCAAAGUCUUGACAAUAUCAGCGACAUGUUCCAUCGCAAAGGCACCCUCAUAUCGGAUUACGUCCAGGAACACUGGAAGGAGGAUGGUCUAUUUGCUUACCAGUUUCUAAAUGGUGUCAAUCCCACCUUGAUUCAGCGGUGCAAAACUCUACCCAAGAACUUCCCUGUGACUGAUGACAUGGUCUUCAUCCCCAAUGGCUCAAACUUGUCUGAGGAGUUGAAGCAAGGCAACAUAUACCUGUGUGACUACAAGAACCUGGACGGAAUGCCUGCAAAUACUGUUCAAGGGAUUCAGCAGUAUUUCACCGCGCCUCUUGUCUUGCUUCACAAAAGACCCGAUGACAAGUUGAUGCCUAUCGCCAUCCAGCUGAAGCAGACUCCAGCUGAGGACAACCCGAUCUUUCUCCCAACCGAUUCUACGUACGACUGGCUGACGGCUAAGAUUUUUGUGAGAAGCGCCGAUUUCGCGGAGCACCAAAUCAAUGCGCAUUUGCUGCGCACCCACCUCCUGGUCGAGGUCUUUGUGGUGUCACUGCUGAGAAACCUGCCCAUGGUGCAUCCCCUGUACAAGCUCCUCAUACCCCACACUCGCUACACUCUGCACAUCAAUGAGUUAGGUCGAAUACAGCUGAUAGGACCCAGUGGAGUCUUCACUCAGUUUGCAGCUUCUGGUGGAGAGACUUUGUUAAAGAUCAUUGCAAGAUUGCUGUCCUCGAUCACUUACCAGUCGUUUUGUAUCCCUGACGACAUUGCUGAUCGUGACAUCCAGGACUUGCCAAACUUCCACUACAGGGAUGAUGGACUCCAACUGUGGAACAUCAUCUUCAAAUAUGUGCAGGCAGUGAUACAGUACUACUACAAAAGUGACGAUGAGGUCGGGGAAGACUCAGAACUGCAGAAUUGGAUCUCGGACAUAUUUAAAUAUGGCUUUCUGUCCCAGCCACAAACGGGAAUCCCUCAGGGUUUCACUACAGUGCCUGAGCUGAUCAAGUUCGUCACCAUGGUGCUGUUCACCAGCUCGUGCCAGCAUGCGGCUGUAAACAACGGACAGUAUGACUACGGUAGCUGGAUGCCCAACACGCCCGCCACCCUGCAACGUCCUCCCCCGACCGCAAAGGGGACAACAAGUGAGGCCACAAUGCUGCAGACUUUGCCCCCUAUCAACGUGACUGUUCAGGGAAUGGCCACAUUCUGGCUGCUCAGCAAGCAGUUCUCUGAUUUUGUCCCCCUCGGACACUACCCAGAGGACCAUUUCACCGAGGAGAUCCCACGGCAGUUGCAAAAGGAGUUUAAAGUUGAGCUUGACAGGAUGUCGAUCACAAUCAACAACAGAAACAAAGGUCUGGAAAUUCCUUACACUUACCUGGAUCCAAAGAACAUUGACAACAGCGUGGCCAUCUAAACGUCGGAAGAGAGGAUCCUGUGAAUCAUGAAUGUGUCUUUUAAGCUUAUGGUGUUAUUUAGCAUCUUCUUCUUCUUCUUUCGGCUUGUCCCGUUAGGGGUCGCC